AUGGCAAACGAUCCUCCCCCAGAUUUCGUGAAUCGCAUGGAAAAGGUCCCAGCACCGUAUCUAAGCGAACAAUAUGGCUACAGCAAAGACGGACUGUCUUGCGCGAUGGUCGCAUGGAUGCUGGACAUUAAUGUCAGAGCAACAAUCAAGAAGCGCGAGUUCCAACGCACGUAUCAGCGAAUGUGCCUUUACAUCAAGCAUAUGGAGCGCAUCAUGGACCAAUCCAACAUCAAAUAUGAUGGCUACAGCGGCACCGAAGAUGGCCGAAGAAUAAAAGCAGCCCGGGAUACCUUCAAGCCUCAGAUGAAGGCUAGAUUCAUACCGACAGCACCGUAUCCUAUCACAGCGCCUAUCAGCUCUGAUGGCGAGCUCUGCAGGAGUGUCUCGGAUGCGCAGACUUUUGAAUACAAGCUUCACCAGUUGGAGAUCCUUCGGUAUAUGGAGAGGGUCGAUGGCCCGGCAUUGGCUGAUUUCGAGACGAGUACGAGGAAGCCCAGACCUGAGACGGGAUAA